AUCUGAUCUAUAAGGAUGAUCUAACCGGACAGACCUGAUGGCCAGCUGUCUAAUGAGGUGUCGCCCAUGCAGAGCAUAAAGAUGAGACAUAGAGGGCAGGCCUUCCUUUCAUCAUUUUCUGAACCGCUCUCUACAAGCAAUACCCAUCCACAAAGACUGCAGACCACCCCCACACUGAGAGGAAAAGGAAGGUGGGAGGGGAUUGAGAAGAACCACGGAAACCAGCACAUAAGUAAUUUACAGUCUACAGAGAGGGCAAAGGGAGGAUCAGAAAAAAGGAUUGGUGGCUGCUUCUGACAAGCUUUUCACCUCCUGUCAUUUUAAGGAAAAGUGAACUUAAAGCAGAGAGGAGGAUCUGUGCAGCAGGGAAAAAGACUCAAGAAAGGAGACUGUUGCUUGGAUUCACACACAUAGUUUCCUUUUUUCCCGGACGACUUCACGGGUGAAAGAUGAAUCUUCAGCUGUUGGGUGACUGUGUGAGUGAUUCUGCUGCGAUGGAGGACUUUUCCCAGCAGACCCAGUGACUCCCACCGCUGCCUUUGCCUCCUGCUAAAUGUGGAAAGCCUAGGAUGGAAGACCCACCAAGUGCUGCUCUGAGGCACUGGAACAACACUCUCAACCUCCACAACCUCAACCAUCUUGCCUCCUCCUUCGCACACACUUGCACAACCAGCUGCUUCGCCGCCAUCCCCACCCAGACAGGGGCCACCGUCUCCGGGUGACAAGAUUCCAGGAUGUUUGUAAAUUUCCGCCGGAUACGAAAAUGCCAGUGUGUGCAGCUGAUGACCACCUGCCUGGUGCUGUCAGUGGUGAUGGUUUGCUGGGAGCAGCUGGACAACAGCGUCAUCAGCCACGUGAAGUCCUACUCCUACCGCUACCUGGUCAACAGCUUCACCUACAUUAACAGGAGCCUUACUAUCUCACAUGAGCAGGCCAGAAGCUUCAGCAACUUCAGCUACCUGCUGGACCACCCGGAUAAGUGCGUCGGCAAAGACGUCCUCCUCCUCCUCUUUGUCAAAACAUCCCCAGAGAACAUUAAGAGGCGAAAGGCCAUCCGAUCCACCUGGGGGAAUGAGACCUACAUCCAAAACACCCUGGGAGUGACAGUCAAGGUGGUGUUCGCCUUAGGAGUGCCUCGGACCAAGAAGGAGGAGCCCUCAUGGAGCAAGAAGAGCGGUGUUGGUUUUCAGCAGCAGCUCAUCCACGAGGACCGUCUCCACGGUGAUUUGAUCCAACAAGACUUUUUAGACUCCUUCCACAACCUGACCCUGAAGCUGAUCCUGCAAUUCCACUGGAUGCACAGCCGCUGCGCACAUGCCCGCUUCCUCAUGACCGCUGACGACGACAUCUUCGUCCACAUGCCCAACCUGGUGAGCUACCUGCAGGACAUGAGCAGCAGAGGCGUCGCAGACUUUUGGGUUGGUCGAGUGCACAAAGGGGCGCCGCCAAUCCGCAGCAAAGACAGCAAGUACUAUGUGCCCUAUGAGAUGUACCAGUGGUUGUCGUACCCUGACUACACAGCUGGGGCCGGGUAUGUCGUUUCCAGGGACGUGGCUGACAAAAUAUACCAAGCCACGCUGACCCUGAACGCCUCUCUUUACAUAGACGAUGUGUUCAUGGGCAUCUGUGCCAAUGCCGCCGGUGUGUCACCCCAGGAGCACGUCUAUUUCUCAGGUGAGGGCAAAGCACCCUACCACCAGUGUAUCUACGACCAGAUGAUGACCUCACACGGUCACGUGGAGGAUAUCUAUGACCUGUGGAAGGCAGCGACCCACCCGCAGGUGAAGCAGAAGACUUCUGGACUCUUAGGGAGGCUGUACUGCACAGCUGUGAAAAUGUCUCUCCUUUGUAAACCAUACUAUUUCAACACCUACCCUUGCAAAGCAGCCUUUUUGUAGGGGAAAGUGAGAUUUGUGUGCGUGUGACAGAGAGAGCGAGGGAGUGUGUCAUGGUCAUAGUGAAAGGAAGAUCAUCGCUGCGAAUAUUACCUCAGUCCUUUCAGUCUUGACACCCGUGUCAAAGCACUGGAGUGUAUGUUCUGUUUCCAGAGGCAAAGAGACCAGAGGAUUCAUGUUUGUCGUCAAUGACAGCUAGUCUUGGUGGUUUAAUAAGUUAAUAACAGUGGCUUUGCAUUGACCGCAGAAUGUGUUCCAAAAUAAGUCCUUAAAAAUAUGCUGUUUACAUGUUGUCCCUGCACAAACUCACCGGGCUCACUAAUGGGAUUUUAAUUAACUGAUUUAUUUUCCAUCUUAGACAUUUUAUCAAGAGAGUACUUCUUCUUUGCCUUGGACUUUAUUCCCUCUACUGUGACACACAAAAGGGUUGCCAAAACAUUGAAAAACAACAGAACAUUUUCUUAACACAAGGUUCACCUCUCCCACUGGCGUUUACGUGUUUCAUUACCUUAAUAGAGACAGAGUGCAUUUAAGUCCCACCCACGCCAGAGGGGGAAAACAAUGUAAAGGUCAACUGUCAAUUCCAUCUGCUAACACACAGCAGAAAAAUGCCUAAAACCUGCUGCGUGAUUGGUUGCACUAACAACAGGGUAAAGAACCAAGAACUAAAUUUGUAUGAGCUGCCAAACCCCAAAAAAAAAAAAAAGGUUUCAACAAGAAAAGAGAUCAGAAAACAUAUCAGUUGUCAGUUUUGGCUAACUAUAUUUCUGUAAAUUAGAAUAAAGCAUUUUGACAGUAUGCAACUUGUGUUAUAGUCGAAUGUGGAUAAAUCAGAAAGCCAUGCACGAGGAGAGACAUUUUUUUUUUUUAUCCCGUUUGAGCCAUGAAUUACACAUAUGAUGUACGUUACCUUGCUUGCUGCUCAGCUUGCUCGCAAACUAGCUAGCUUAGCUAUGUUCACACAACACACCCAUAGACAGUUAAUGGAAGAAAUGGACUAACAGAUCCCGUUGCUCUGGACGGAGACCAGUGAAGGAUAUUAGAAGCACUUUUCAGGUGAGGGCUGAGCG